AUGAGUAAAUAUGGCACAAAAUAUCUUGAACGUGCGUACGCAUAUUGUGGGAUAUUUGAGUCAAGGUCGUUAUCAGAUUCCAUGACGGACUUCAUUGAAGCAGUUUCUAAUCCACUGGCCCCAGAUGCCUUCGUGGGGCAUGGAGAACUGCCGAAUCACAAACUUUCUAACAGUGAUUUCCGCAAAUUGUUAAUGACACCGAAACCGUCAACACAGACAUUAAAAACAGAUGAAACAGGUGAAAGUGGUACACGUGGUUUCGCUCAUCCCUCUGAUCGUUCUGAUCGUAAACGUCAUGAGUCUAGUCAGUCUAGUCAUCGUAGUAAAAAUAAAGUUGGUCAUAAACGUCAUCAUGUCCGGAGUAAAAAAGAUGAUCAAAAACCUGAAACAUCCGAAUCUGUGCAUCGUUAUCGUGAUCGAGCAAAAGAACGACGUGAUGGAAAACUUGUAGUGCCAACAGAAGAAGUGGAGGAUGAACGUGAGAUGGAAAAUGAUGAUGAUGCAUUAACACGUACAGCUGAUUAUCGUGCUGUUGCACCAUCAUCUGCCGCUGGAGCUUCACAUGCUGAACGUCGUCGAAUGAUUAUUCAAGAAUCAAAGUAUCUUGGUGGUGAUAUGGAGCAUACUCAUUUGGUGAAAGGUCUCGAUUAUGUUUUGCUGCAAAAAGUUCGUUUAGAAAUUCAAAACAAAGAAGUCGAAGCUGAACAAGCGCUGGAUGCUGAGCUGACUAAACCAGAUAAAACGAAAGAAAGCACCGUGGGGGAGGAAGGCAUUCAAUUUCGCACAAAUCUUGCAGCAAAUAUCUGUAAUGUUCUAUUCAAUGAACGUCUACCAGAGCGUAAUGAAUACUUUCAACCUGGUCGAAUGGCUUAUCGUAUCGAGUUGGAGGAUGAUUCAGUGGAUUUUGAAGUUCCCGCGACAGUAAUCCGUAGUAAAUCGGAUUGUCUGCAAGUGGAUGGUCGUGCUGCGGGUGCAAUAACUACCAAUGAAAUUGUUAUCAAUAAACUGACUCAAAUUUUAUCCUAUUUACGAGCAGGUAAAAGACAUGCAAAGAGGGCGAAACUCAAAGGACGUGCUGGUGAAAGACCUGAAUUGGAUUAUGAAGAUAUACGGCAUUCACAUACAAUAAGUAAAAUGGCUAAUACUGAUAUAUUUGAAGGUGUUGGUCGUGAAUAUCAACCGACAACAAUUAAAAAACAGACAAAGGAGGACGAGAAUGGAAUGAUGAACGCAUUAGAUGAUUCUAAAUCAUCAGCUACACGAAAUCGUCCAUCAGCAUCGAAUCCAUCGAAUACUACUGAAUCAACCCACCAACAGUCAUCGUAUUUUGAAGUGCCUGCUAAUGCUUCAAACUCUACAAAUGCAAACAAUUCAAUAAAUGCUACAAAAGAAUUUAUGAAUGAGCUGAGUCAACGAUUUGGAAUGAAAGAUGGUGACAAGUUACAAGAAAAAGCAAGUCUUGAACGAUUCUUUGCUAAAACACAAGUCACUUGUUAUGAUGAAUGUUAUCCUGGAUUUGCUGAAUCCUAUGAUGCUAUGGGUGAUUCAGACGAUGAAGCCGAUUUCAGUAAAAUGGAUUUAGGCAAUAAAAAAGGGCCAGUUGGUCGAUGGGAUUUUGAAACACAAGAAGAAUACAGUGAUUAUAUGUCGAAUAAAGAAGCUAUGCCUAGAGCUGCUUUCCAAUAUGGUGUCAAAAUGGCUGAUGGUCGACGUACACGUCGGAUUGGACCAAAAGAUGAAAAAGCUGAGCUGGAUCGUCAAUUACAAAAAAUUCAAACAAUUAUUCAAAAACGCAAACAACUCGCUGAAGAAGGUGAUAGUGUAAUAAAAAAUCCAAGAUUUUGA